CGAGGGCCUUCACAAAGGCAGCAGCAGCAGCUCGCAUUUGCUGCAAUCGUUGUUUGCCCGUGCUCUGAUCGAUCGAUCGACCCUCAGCAGCUCUCUUGCUCUCGCCCCGUCUGUCUGUCAGUGUAUCAGUCAAGCUUUGUAUUCGAGGUCGUAGAUCGAAAUAUGGCAUCUGCACGGGGCUCGAUCGUCAGGUCCUUGAGGCUCGUAGGGCAACAUGUACAGAAGCAGCAGAGCCGCGAAAUGUCCAGCUCCAGCGGACCGCAGCGCAAAGUUGCUGUUCUCGGAGCUGCUGGUGGUAUCGGACAGCCCCUCGGACUGCUCAUGAAGCUGAACCCCUUGGUCACUCAUCUUUCCUUGUAUGAUAUUGCCGGAACUCCUGGAGUCGCCGCCGACAUCAGCCACUGCAACACUCCCGCCGAGGUAUCCGGAUACGCCGGAGAUGCAGAUCUUGGAAAGGCUCUUGAAGGAGCAGAUAUUGUUAUCAUCCCCGCUGGAGUUCCAAGGAAGCCCGGUAUGACCCGUGAUGAUCUAUUCAAGAUCAACGCCGGCAUUGUGAAGUCACUCUGCGCCGCCAUUUCUCAGCAUUGCCCAGAGGCUCUCGUCGCCAUGAUCAGUAACCCAGUGAACUCGACUGUCCCUAUCGCCGCUGAGGUAUUCAAGAAGGCCGGUACUUACGACCCCAGGAAGUUGUUCGGUGUCACAACUUUGGACGUUGUUCGAGCGAGGACUUUUUACGCUGCCAAGAAAGGCCUCAAUGUGAGAGAUGUCGAUGUUCCCGUCGUCGGUGGUCAUGCUGGUAUCACGAUUCUACCUCUUUUCUCCCAGGCUACCCCUAAGAAGUCCCUCGAAGGCGAGGAGCUUGAUGCUCUGACCAAGCGCACUCAGGACGGAGGAACCGAAGUUGUCCAAGCUAAAGCUGGAAAGGGAUCCGCAACUCUGUCGAUGGCGUACGCUGGCGCUCUUUUUGCUGAGGCUUGCUUGAAGGGCCUGAACGGGCAGAAGGGCGUUAUCGAAUGCACUUAUGUGCAGUCCUCCAUUAUUCCCGAGUUGCCCUUCUUUUCCUCCAAGGUUCGCCUAGGUCCCAAUGGUGUCGAGGAAAUCAUGGGUUUGGGUCAGAUCACUGAGUACGAGAGCAAGGCAUUGGAGGCAAUGAAGAGCGAGUUAGCUUCGUCCAUCCAGAAGGGAGUGGACUUCGUUCACCAGUCAUAAGCACUACGAGCCAAUUUCUGAGUUUCGGCGGACCGAUUUGUUCCAAUUUUAAUGAGCCACCUUAUGAGAGGAAGAUGUUUCGUCUUCAGGAGUCGGUCCAUUUAGAAAAUGCCACAUUUAGCGUGGAGACAGUUUUGGAAGACGCCAACGUGUCGUUAGGUCUCAUUGCCUGGGAGCGCACAGCGAAGAAAAUCCAGAUCUGUUUAGGUCUACCGACAUGAGUGUCCUGAUAUAUAAUCGGAGAUUGUGCUCCACUCUAAAGAAGAGAGGGACAGCAUUCAACUCCUUGCGAAUGAUCAUAUUGUUAGUCUCAAGUACUACCGACCUUGAAAUAAAGGGCAGGUAAAAGUAAUAACGGCCGCUGUAUUCAGUGGCAUAAGAGCCUGGUU